ACUACCUUGCAGACAGACUUCUAGAGAAUUCCCUCACCAGCAGCAUGUUAAGGGUCAGUGUUCGCGUGAGCGGUGAGUGGGUGGUGAUGAUGUCUGGUGACCCCUCCCUCACCUUACGGCACGUGAGCCAGAAUGCCAUCGCCCGCUGCACCCAUCCUCAUCCACCCAUAGGUGGCGCCGUCCAGCCCCGUUUCCAGGUCAGGCGGUGUACAGACGGAGCCCCACUGAACCAGGACGAGCCAAUCGCAAAUGUGAUUCACCACGGCGACUUUGUUGACCUUGUGAUGGACGGGGACUGCUGGCCACAGCCAACUGGUCCUGUGUUUACCAGUGCACAAACAGAAUGGAAGGAACCAACGGAGUACAUCGCUCUGGAUGGAGAGAGUCUCACCACUGAUGACCUGGUCAGAUUGGGAAAAGGCCUCUUAAAGAUUAAGCUCACAGAUGAGGCUGUAGUGAAAGUGGAUCAUGCCAGGGCUGUAAUUGACUUGAUCAUCAAGGAGAAUAGAGUUGUGUAUGGAGUGAACACAGGCUUUGGGAGGUUUGCACGGACCAUCAUCUCAAAUGAUCAACUCAAGCAACUUCAAGAUAACUUGAUCCGCUCUCACAGUGCUGGUGUUGGUGCCCCUCUGACUCCUGAAAGGACUCGCAUGCUUCUCGCUCUCAGAAUCAACGUACUGGCCAAAGGCUACAGUGGCGUUUCCAUGGAAACUCUUCAGGGCAUUGUAGCUGCCUUCAAUGCGUCGUGCCUGUCCUGGGUACCUGAGAAGGGUACAGUGGGGGCGUGUGGGGAUCUGGCUCCUCUUGCCCACCCCUCCCGCAGCUGGGAGGGCCAUGGCCCGGCUGGGACUCAGAUGAUCUCCAUCUCUCUGGGUUCAGGAGGCGUUGGAGAGAGCACAGGCCAUCGUCGCCUCAAAGCUGACAUUGUGGCUGCCCUCACCCUGGAAGUUCUGCAAGGCCAUGGCCUAACUCCAAUCAAGCUAAAGCCAAAAGAGGGUAUAGCUCUGAUCAACGGGACUCAGAUGAUCUCAUCUCUGGGUUCGGAGGCGUUGGAGAGAGCACAGGCCAUCGCACGUCAAGCUGACAUUGUGGCUGCCCUCACCCUGGAGUCGCUCAAAGGGACCAACAAAGCCUAUGACAAGGAUCUCCACGCUGCGAAGCCUCAGCCCGGUCAGAUGGAGGUGGCCUUCCGUAUGCGUUCUGUACUGCCCUCCACCCUUCACCCUUCUGAGAUCACAGGGGGCGCAUAUGAUCAGGUUCAGGAUGCUUACACAUUACGCUGCUGUCCUCAGGUGCAUGGGAUUGCAAAUGACACCAUUGCCUUCGUGAAGAAGAUCCUGACCACUGAGCUCAACAGUGCUACAGACAACCCGCUGGUGUUUGCUGAGAGAGGAAUUACUAUCUCUGGAGGAAACUUUCAUGGAGAAUACCCAGCGAAGGCCCUGGAUUACCUGGCUAUAGGUGUGCAUGAGUUGGCCUGCAUCAGUGAGCGCCGCAUUGAGAGACUGUGCAACCCCUCCCUCAGUGAGCUGCCUGCAUUCCUGGUUAAUGAGGGCGGCCUCAACUCUGGAUUCAUGAUCGCGCACUGUACCGCCGCAGCUCUAGUGUCCGAGAAUAAGGGGCUGUGUCACCCCGCCUCAGUGGACUCUCUGUCCACCAGUGCAGCUACUGAGGACCACGUCUCCAUGGGGGGGUGGGCCGCACGCAAGGCCCUCAGGGUGGUGGAGCACGUGGAGCAGGUGUUGGCCAUUGAGCUGUUAGCUGCCUGCCAGGCCCUGGAGUUCCGCCUCCCUCUGAAGACCACACCCCCCUUGGAGGAGGUGCGCAAGCUGGUCCGCUCUGUGGUCAGGCCUUGGGACAAGGAUCGUGCCAUGAGCCCUGACAUCGAGGCCGCACACAAGCUGCUGCUGGAGGAAAAGGUGUGGGAGGCGGUAAGGCCUUACAUGGAGAAGUACGAGCAGAUGGAACGCCAGCAGUGAGCUCUUAACCUGACCCUAGCCAGAUGAAUUUCGCUCCGCCUAGCUCCACUCAUCCAUCUGGAACCGAUCCAUUGAAGUGUUGCUUCAGAAGGCUGGGCCUAAUC